CGCCAUUUUAGUGCGUCUCAAACCAUCCGGUAAAAUGGCGCCUUUGCUUUGUCUCCACUGAAAAAAAGGAGGUUUGCUUCAAUAUUUUAACAUUUUUCUAAAAUGACAAAUUACUGAGAAUUAUUUGUUUUACAUCUCCGGGACGACGUGCCAAGAACUACACGUGUUUCAGUCAUUCAAUAAAUGACAAAGAGUACAGUUAAAUGAGUAGAACCUCAGCUGAAUCUACAGACCAAAUGAUGGAGCAGGAAGUAGGUCAACUUCCGAUUACAGACCAGAUGGAGGAGGAGGAGGAGGAGCCUGGGAGCUCAGCAGAGACUGAGAGACCCUCUUCUUCUCACACCAAGAGGAAGCCUGCUGUUACAGCCAAGCACACCGGAGGGAAUGAGUCUGACACCUCGGACGAGAGUGGACAGGAAGAUGGCGCCUCUGACAACCCCUCAGAUGAUACCACUUUGCAGGAGAGGAUAGACUGCACCGCCUGUGGACAGCAGGUCAACCACUUCCAGCGCCACUCAGUGUUUGAGCACCCGAUGCUCCAUGUGCUCCUCUGCAAGUCGUGUUAUAAGUAUUACACCAGCGAUGACAUCAAUAAAGACGAGGACGGAAUGGACGAACAGUGCAGGUGGUGUGCUGAAGGUGGCAACCUGAUCUGCUGUGACUACUGCCACAACGCCUUCUGUAAGAAGUGCAUCCUGCGUAACCUGGGGCGCAAGGAGCUGUCCAUGAUCACCGACGAGGACAGUAAAUGGUCCUGCUAUAUCUGCAGCCCUCAGCCUCUCUCAGACAUCGCCUCCAACUGCUCCAACAUCUUGACCAAGCUGGAGAGCUUCUGGCGCACGGGACACAAGAAAGAGAGGAAGGAGGUGAAAGGGCACAGAAAGGGUAAAGGUCACCACCACCAUGGUAAAGCUGUGGUGAACGGUAAGGAACAUUCAGACGGGUCAGGGACCCUCACCUUCUCCUAUAAGACCCUGAAGGUCCUCAAGGAGCUGGUGAAGAGGACCAAGAAGCUGAUUGAGACAACCACAGUGCUCAACAACACCUUCAUCCAUUUAAUCCAGCAGGCUGAGGAGGAGCAGGGAGCAGGAGGAGGUGGCAGCGGGACCAGACACCUCAAGGCCUUCAGGUCUGUUCUGGCUGAUCUGAAGAAGGCCCAUGCUGCCCUAGAGGAGGACUUGGAGUCACAGUUCACUUCCCAGGACCAGGGGAUACAGAACGGGGAUGCUGUUUCCAACACCGACGGCCAUGAUGGCCACGAUCAGAUUGACAACAUGGUUGAUGGACAGGAGGCAGAAGAGGAUAAAAUGGCCGACACUGAGGAUGGGGAGGAGCUAGAGGAGGAUGGGGGCUUGUCAGAGGACGCAGAGAUGGAGGGGAGCCCUGCCCCCGCGCCUCAGGACCACUCGGACACAGAGACAGACAGCCAGGCCAAAGACCAGACAGCAGUGGAGGAGGAGGAGGAUGGAGAGGAGGGUGACCGGAAAAAAGACAUUGUGUCUGUCGGGCCGGCCGUCCCUGACGAGCUCUUCCAAAUGGUAGAGAGUCUGGCGGACUCCGCAGGGUUAAAGCCCGGCAACGACGCCAUGGAAACCACCGCUGCUAGUCAAUCCGAGAGCCCCGCCGCCGACUCAAACAGGAAGUCACUUCAAACCCAUAAGGAGAAGGCCAUGCCCAAGGUGAAGAACCUGAUCGUGAAGCUGACGCCCGUUCCAGUGGUUACCACACGCACCUCCAGGUCUAUGAGCAAGGAUAAGGAUGGAGGGAAGGAGAAGAGUAAGGAGGAGGUGGAGGAAGGUGGGGGCUCUGAGGAGGACGGCCGCCGCUCCAGCUGCACAAAGACCACACCCCUAAGGAAGUCACCGGACGGGAAGAACAAGAUGGCUGAAUCCUCUCCGGAGAACAGUGACUCAGAGGGCAAGAGUCCCAGCAGGCUGAAGAGUAGAACCAAAGGCAGCUCGGAGAAGGAACGUGAGGAGGAGGAGCAGCAGAGAAAUGCCUCAUCCAAGGUGACCACUGAUCCUUCUAAACAAGAAGUGGACUCUGACGAGGUUCUGGACAUCCUGCUCCAGACUGCAGCGGCAGAACACAGCUCGGACGAGGAUGCGCAGCAGGACGCCGAUGGUAACCAGGGCAACAGGAGCUUCAAAAGGUGCCUGUUCAAACUCAGCAAGAAAGAUGGAGAGGAGGAGGAGAAUGACAAGGUGAAGACUGACAAGAAGCUGGCGGCCAAACGCAAACUGAAAGCCGACGAUUCAGACAACUCAGAGUCCGACUCAGACGAAGACGCGAAGAAGAAGAAGAAGAAGAAGAAAAAGAAGUCCUCAGCUUCUGCCAAAAAGACAUCCAAGAAGAAGGGCUCGGACGGCUCCUCCGACUCGGACCUGGAGAUGAAGGGACUCAGCAAACUGGCGACGGGGAAACGGAGGAGCAGCCGUGUGAAGAAGGAAAGAGAGGAGAAGGAGAACAAGGGCGGAGAUCGGAGGCGGUCGUACGAACUGAAACGCAAAGCCAGAAGUAGAGGAGCCAAGCAGCAAGAUUCAUCGUCUGAUGACGAGGAGGAGGAGGAGGAGGGAGGAGGGUCUGGAGAGGAGAGUGGAGACCAGCAGAAGAUUAAACCCAUCGUGGAGGAGACGGUGGUAGCAGGGAGGGGAACCUUCCACCAGUCCUCAGGAGAUGAAGGUAACCAUGACGCUUCUCAGAUGGACGAUGAGGAGGACGAUGAUGAUGAGCCUGAGAACAGAAUUGCCAAGAUGAUGCUGGCCCAGAUCAAGGCUAACUACACUUCAGGAGCAGAGGAGAGCUCUGACGAGGACAGAGAAGAGAAGGAACAGAAGAAGGGGAAGAGAGGAGAGGAGCAGGAGGAGGACGACGAUGAUGAUGAAGGGGGCUCUGGCUCUGAUGUGGAUGUGAAGACGAGUGUGGGGCGUCGCCACCGGCUGCUCCGCCACAAACUGACGCUGUACGAAGUGGAGUCGGGAGAGGAGAAGGAGAAACCAGCCAGCAAGGGGAAGAAGAAGGAGACCAAGAGGACCAGACGGAAAGUGGGUAGUGAUGACUCAGCAGACUCAGACUUUAAGGAGUCAGCUAGCAGCAGUGAGUCAGGAGUUAGUGAGGAGAUCAGUGAGAAGGAAUUGUCGUCAGAGGAGUCAGAGUCUGAAAAGGAAGGCAGUAGACACAGGAGGACCACGCGCUCCUCCGUGAAGAAGAAGAAGGAGGAGAGGAGCUACGCUCAGAAGAAGAAACGGCGCCGCAUCAAGGCCCAGGAUUCUUCAUCCGACGACAAGAGUGGGUCAGGAGAGGACGGCUCGGGGAAGGAGGAUGGAGACACUCCUAAAGGACAGAGGAAGAAGAUCAGAAAAAUCCUCAAGUGCUACGAGCUGAGGACGGAAACGAGGGAUGCCCUGAAGGAGAAGGAGGAGAGGAGGAGACGCAUCGCUGAGAGGGAACAGCUCAGGGAGAAACUCAGGGAGACUCUACAUGUCCCUCCCGACCAGGUACUAGUGGUGGAGGAGGCGUCCGCUGUGGCUUGUCCAAUCACAACCAAGCUGGUGCUGGAUGAAGACGAGGAGACCAAGGAGCCCAUGGUGCAGGUUCACCGCAAUCUGGUCACUAAGCUCAAACCACACCAGGUCGACGGGGUCCAGUUCAUGUGGGACUGCUGUUGUGAGUCGGUGAAGAAAACCAACAAGAACUCUGGUUCUGGAUGUAUCCUGGCUCACUGUAUGGGCCUGGGAAAAACACUGCAGGUGGUAACCCUACUCCACACACUACUGCUGUGUGAAAAGUUAGACUUCUCCACGGCUCUGAUCGUCUGUCCUCUCAACACCGUUCUCAACUGGCUCAAUGAGUUUGAGAAGUGGCAGUACGGCUUCAAGGACAAGGAGAGUUUAGAGGUGACGGAGCUGGCCACGGUGAAGCGUCCUCAGGAGAGAGCGUCUGCUCUGCAGCAGUGGCAGGAGGAUGGAGGAAUCAUGAUCAUUGGCUAUGAGAUGUACCGUAACCUCACACAGGGUAGAAACAUCAAGAGCAAGAAACUCAAAGAGACCUUCCAGAAGACCCUGGUUGACCCAGGCCCAGACUUUGUGAUCUGUGAUGAGGGCCACAUCUUGAAGAACGAGGUGUCGGCCAUCUCUAAAGCCAUGAACUCCAUCAAGACCCGAAGGAGAGUGGUGCUCACCGGCACACCGCUGCAGAACAACCUCAUAGAGUGUAUGUCCGUUACUUCCUGUUAUAUCCAGACCGCUGGCCUACAGGGCAUUCGGAAAUAAUUCAGACCCCUGGACUCUUAACACAUUACAGCCUUACUCUAAAAUAGAUUUUUUUAAAGUCCCC